AAAAAAAAAAAAAAAAAAAAAAAAAAAAAAACAUUCUCUCAUUAAAUCCUCAAGCAAAGCAAGUAAGCAACCACACACGCUUCAAUCAGAUCUACUCUAUCUGUCACAGAUUUUCCGUUUAUAUAUAUACAUUGUAGAUAGAGAAAGAGAAGGAUAUUGAGCGAGGGAAGGAGGGAGGGUUGGGCAAUGGAGGAGAAGUUGAUUGCGAGGCUGGAAUCGGCGGUGGCCCGAUUGGAGGCGCUAUCGACGUCGGGGAUCAGAGAACGUGGCGGUUUGGACUUUGGUGCUUUUGAUGUUGCGUCGGAUCCGUCAAUUUUGGCUUUCGACGAUCUUAUAGGGCAGUAUUUAGGUAGGGUUUCUAGUGCUGCGGAGAAGAUUGGAGGACAGGUUUGGGAGGUUACAAAGAUUAUCCAACAGGCUUUUAGUGUUCAAAAGGAGCUUCUCGUUAAGGCCAAGCAAACUCAGAAACCUGGCCUGGCGGGAUUGGCUGAAUUUCUCAAACCUUUGAAUGAAGUGAUCAUGAAAGCAAAUGCAAUGACAGAGGGGAGGCGAUCUGAUUUCUUUAACCACUUGAAAUCUGCUGCUGAUAGUCUGACAGCUUUAGCGUGGAUUGCGUAUACAGGAAAAGAUUGUGGUAUGAACAUGCCAAUUGCACAUGUUGAAGAAAGUUGGCAAAUGGCUGAAUUUUACAACAAUAAGAUUCUUGUAGAGUAUAAAAGCAAAGACCCAAAUCAUGUUGAGUGGGCCAAAGCCAUGAAGGAGCUUUAUCUUCCAGGUUUAAGGGAUUAUGUAAAGAGUCAUUAUCCCUUGGGCCCAACAUGGGGUGUUGCUGCCAAAGCACCAACUUCUGGUCCAUCCAAAGCUUCUCCACCAGGUGCUCCUGCUGCUCCACCUCCCCCACCAGCUUCUCUCUUCAGCUCUGAAUCUUCUCAGCCUUCAUCAUCAAAACCAAGAGAAGGGAUGGCUGCUGUUUUCCAAGAAAUCAACUCGAGCAAGUCUGUGACUUCUGGCCUUAGGAAGGUCACAGCUGAUAUGAAGACAAAGAAUCGUGCAGAUAGAACUGGUGUUGUUGGUGCCAGUGAAAAAGCAGCCCGUGUCAGUUCACCUUCUUUCUCUAAGGCAGGACCUCCAAAGCUUGAGCUUCAAAUGGGUCGUAAGUGGGCUGUUGAGAAUCAGGUUGGAAAGAAGAACUUAGUAAUUGAUAAUUGUGAUGCGAAACAGUCAGUAUAUGUUUUUGGAUGCAAAGAUUCUGUUUUGCAGAUUAAAGGGAAAGUCAACAACAUAACAGUUGACAAAUGCACUAAGAUGGGAGUUCUAUUUACGGAUGUUGUUGCUGCUUUUGAGAUUGUAAACUGCAGUAGUGUUGAGGUUCAAUGCCAGGGUUCAGCCCCAACUAUUUCUAUAGAUAACACGGGGGGCUGCCAGUUAUAUUUAAGCAAAGACUCUUUGGGAGGAUCUAUAACUACAGCCAAGUCAAGUGAGGUCAACGUUCUGGUACCAGGUGCACAGCCUGAUGGUGAUUGGGUGGAACAUGCAUUGCCACAACAGUAUAUCCAUUUAUUCAAGGAUGGCCACUUUGAAACUACUCCAGUCUCUCACUCUGGCGGUUAAUAAUCUUAUUGCCAAAUCAGGUUUCGAUUUCCAUUUUACUUUCCUAGGAUGGCUGAGGGUGACUUCAUUUCUUUUUCCCUUGAUUCAAUUUUCUGUCAAUAUCUGAUCAUGAUAUUCAUGCUGUCGGUUAUGCUCACGUUAUUCCUUGUGUAUAACCAACUGUUGGAAACUUUCUGGAUUGUUUUUUCAUGGUGUUUGUUCCUAGAUGGCCUGUAUUGUUGUGAGGGUUUCCAAAUGCGAUUGUGUUGUAAUGAGAACGAAGUUUUGUAUUAUUUUUGCUUGUGAAAGCUUCUUAUUUAUUUGUUUUUUAUGUGACCGACCUUUUGGUGGAAGCAAUAUUUUCUUUUUUCUA